AUGGAUGGGCUCCGAGCCUGCGGGCGCCAGCUCGUGGGUAAAGGGCACGCCCGCGUCGUUGCAGACCAUGAGCAGCUGCGGCUUCUCCGCCUUGCAUCGCUUGCAGCGCUCCCGCCGGCGCAGCCGGCGGCAUCAGAACGCUUCUGGAAGCGGCCGGACGCGGUGGGAAAUCUCGUCAGCGUCUUCGCGAGAGCGCGCUGGAGGUCGGCCGCCGUUGGGCUCGCAUCAACAGCGGCGUGCUUGAAGAGGAAGCCGCACUCCACAGUCAUGGGAAUCAUGUUGCUGGCGCAGCUGCUCCAGACCACCUCCUUGACGGCUGUGGGCGGCGAGGGGGCCAGGCAACUGUCAUCAAUGUAG